AUGUCCGCACGCCGCCUCGUCGCACGCGAGACACCCUCGCCCGAGCCGUGCGAGAUGCGCACGCACGACGACGACGGCAUCCCCUACCUGCAUCCGCGCCGCAUUCCGCGCGCCGACGAGCUCUUGGCUGCUGCCGUCGCGGCGGCGCUGGCCGGCAAGACGAAGGAGAAGCCGCUGCCGCCCGCGCUGCGUGACCCGCUGCCGGGGCCGCCCGUCAUCCGCAAGCGCCGCUUCGCCACCAGCGAGGGGCCGCAGCCGCCGCGCGAGCCGUCGCCGCCGCCCGUGCGCCGCUCCGCAAAGCAGCCCGAGCACUUCGACGACGCCCGGUACAAGAGGCAGCGCCCGCCGUACCCCAAGGACGCGCCGCCGAAGCCGAAGUCGAGCGCCUUCAAGACGAGCUGGGAGCGUCCGGCGCAGCGCCUGCCCAACCCGGGCGUCGCCGCCAUCGAGGCCAGCCUGCCUGGCCCGCCGCCGCCGCGCGUCAUUCUCGAGGCAGGGCCGCCGAAGCGCUACCGCUACGCGCCCGAGGUGCGGCGCCUGCUCGGCUUCGACCCGCUCGAGAAGGCAAAGUGGCGCGGCGGCGAGGAGGAGAAGGUGCCGAUUGUGGGCGCGGAGAACUGCGUAGCUCUCGCAGCCAUGUACCUCGCAUGCACUGCCAGGGCUGCUGUUGAGCUGCGAGCGCAGCGUGGAGCUGGCACGCACUGCGCCAUCGCUGCUGCUCUGCUUCGCUCUCUUGGCGCUGUUGCCUUCUCUCACUGCAUCGCUGGCGCGAGGAGGCUCUCGCAGCCCGGGGCCGCGGCGAGGGAGUGGGCAGGACUCGGCGCAGAGCGCGUGGGCGCGAGCGAGACUUCGCUGCGCUUCCAGUGCGAUGCGCAGCAGCAGCUGGCGGCUCGACUGGCGAGCCCUGGGAGCGUUGUGUGCGGACAGCGACGCGGCGCGCGCAGCAGCAGUGGAGUGGAGGAGCAAAGCAGCAGAACGAAGGUGCGCUCGCAGAGGCCGGUCUAUGCCUCGCACCUUCUCCUGGUGCAGAAGCGGGGAUCUGCCGUGUGCGAGCGCAUCGAGCUCCUCGCGCGUCAUGGGCCGGAGGGCCGCGCUCUUCCACCUCCUCGUCUGCGGCUCGCGCCAGGGCGUCGCAAAUGGGCCAAUGUGCGCCGGCCGGGCACCGAUCCUCGAGCGACACCGCCCGCCGAGUACGUGCGCGAGGACUCCCCGAGCAGCGUCUCUUCGCUCGAGAUCGAGUGGGACGAGUGGGACGCGGACAGCUGCGGCGAGGAGGAGACGCCGCUGCAGCGGACGGCCAGGCUGGAGAUGGCGGAGAAGAUGAGGCCCGAGGUGGAACGGCGCGCCAAGGAGCGGGCGGAGAAGGAGCGGAUAGAGCGCAUCAUGAAGGAGAUCGAGGAGAUGAGCGACAUGGAUGACUAG